AUGCCCAACUAUGAGUAUACCUCCAUACCGACCCCACCGGAUCCCACUUAUCACUGCAUCAGGCUUCUCAAACUCAAACCAGGAGCUAAAGAAGAACAAAUUAGCAUCUCCGUAUUUUUCGAUGUCCUAGAAGAUUGCGAGCCAUAUGAAGCGCUUUCAUAUUGCUGGGGCGAUCCCGCGUCCCUGAUUCAGAUAAAACUCGACGACAAGGACUUCAUGGUCACCGCAAAUCUGUACACCGCACUUUUGCAUUUACGUAGAGAAGACACUGAACGAACUUUAUGGAUCGAUGCUAUCUGUAUAGAUCAAAAAGACUGGGCUGAAAAAGGUCAGCAAAUCGCUCUGAUGCGACGUAUAUAUGCGACGGCGGAGCGAGGAGUUGUAUGGCUUGGUGAACUUGGUAUUCUCGGUGAGCUGGGCCUCGGCCUCGUGGCAAGAAUACUUAAGCUUGCGAGGAGUCAGUCGUUGCCAAAGAUGCAAUACAAUGGAAAUGAAUGGGUCGGAGAAGGUCUUCCUUCCUCUCUCGAGGCUCCCUGGAAAGGCUUGAAAUUGAUUCUCGCCAGUCCUUGGUUUUCUAGAAAAUGGAUCAUACAGGAGUUAGCAACACCGAAAGAAAUCACUAUUCUCAUCGGCUCGCAGACACUUCCGUGGGAUGAUUUAGCAAUUGCCAUGUAUCUCAUUGGAGAUGGUGACUUUGCAAGCACUCGUACAUUGGCCGAUCGUUCUCGGUGUGUACUACUAGCUGGCCUCAGAAUGCAUUGCCAGGGUAAAAGAAAGAUCUCACUAUUAUCACUUCUUCGAGCAUUUUCCGGAAACGGGGCUACGGAGCCAAAAGAUCAUAUUUUUGGUCUCAAGACUCUGAUUGAAGAUGAAGAUAACAAUGAUCUGUUUAACUACGAGAGCUCUUUUGCAGAGCUCUCAAUCCAAACAGCCAGAACGAUAUGUUCGGAACACAAGCAAUUGGAUUCUUUGAAAUUCGUUUUUGGAAAGUCUCUGGACCCAAGUGAUGAUGAGUUCCCAUCUUGGGUCGCGGACUGGAGACCAUCACAAGGGGAGCGGCCACAAUUACUUAAAGGAAGCUACUCUGGAUGGGAACACGGGCUUUCACAUGGGGUAUUUGCUGCCACGAAAGGCUCGGAAUUCACGCCACAAGACCUUGAGCUGCCUAGAUAUAUGACUGUUCGAGGCAUGAUUAUCGACGAGAUUUUUCGUAUACGCGAUUCAUUUGACGAGGAUGAUCUCUUCAACCUGCUCCGCUGGACAGAGAUGACAGAUCUUACCACCCUUGAUUCAGACACUGUUCCGAAGGAAACGUUCUGCAGAGUCAUCUGCGGAGGUAGGAGUGUUGACGAUGUGGAUGAACCCUUCUCGGAGAAGGAUUUACAACGAACACAGAGUUUUCUUGAAAUGCUGCGAGAGAGAAAAGAGAAACGCAUGCCUGGAGAUGCUAACUCUGUGUAUCGCAAUACAGAGUAUUAUCCUGUUGGUCGGCAUAUAACAUCUACCUGCUUCGAAAGACGAUUGAUACAGACCUUAAGUGGACACUUCGGCCUCGUUCCGCAAAGAGCAAAUUUUUUUGAUCAGGUUUGUCUGCUUAUGGGGUCGGAUGUGCCGUAUAUUUUACGGCAGGCGGGUGACGACUGGUGUGUGGUUGGACAUUGUUAUGUGGAUGGGCUAAUGAAGGGAGAGGGUUUUGUAGAGGAAGAGUGCAAGAAUAUGGUUUUGGUGUGA